CAGCUAAAAGACACAUAAGUUGGUGGCAGCGAGUAAUGAGUGUUGCUGGAUCAUCCGGAGAAUAAUUCGUUACCAUGAAGGUUGUCGUUGUGUGGGUGGCGGCGGUGAUGGUGCUGGAGACCGUCUCUGCUGCUGUUGUUCCUGCUUGGAGGAGUAGUAAUCCAGUUGAUCUGAUUAAGAGUUCGUCUACAGGUACGGAGUGGUGUGAUGACGUGUUGGGUUGCUUGGAUCUAAAUAAUGACUGGUACACGACUACCAGGCCCAUUAAUGUUCUUCCUCUCACCAGAGCACAUAUCAACACCCGCUUCCUCCUGCACACCCGAGCCGAACCAGCUGAAUCUGAGAAAUUCUACAUCAGUGCUGACAAGGAUGCGAUUGAUGCUACAACCUUUGACCCAGCCAAGCCCAUCAAGAUCAUCUGCCAUGGUUUUAUCGACACAGGCAACACUGUCUGGCUUAAGGACAUGGCCAAGGCUUUCCUCAGCUACGGUGACUACAACGUGAUCCGAGUGAACUGGGGUGACGGCUCCUUGCCCAUGUACUUCCAGGCGACUGCCAACACCCGCGUGGUGGGGCUGGAGAUCGCCUACCUCGUCAAUUUCUUCAUCAGCGAGUACGGUGUCGACCCCGCUAAUGUACACCUUCUCGGCCAUUCCCUUGGGUCUCACGUUUCGGGUUAUGCUGGCGAGAAGAUAAAAAAUCUCGGCCGCAUAUCAGGCCUCGACCCAGCCGGCCCUUACUAUACCAGCACGCCUUCUUUUAUUCGACUCGACGACACAGAUGCAGUGUACGUCGACAACAUCCACACUGACGCCGACAGCAUCCUCAUGUUGGGUUACGGCACAGAACAAGCCAUGGGUAAUGUAGACUUCUACCCCAACUCGGGUCACGACCAACCUGGAUGUAUCCCCGUCACCAUCGCCCUCGAGUUUAUUACCGAUAUACCCGACGGUGUACGAGACCUGGUCGCCUGCAGCCACGGGAGAGCCUACAAGCUGUACACUGACUCCCUCUACGAGCCAUGCCCCUACACCGCCCACGAGUGUUUUGACUACGACUCCUUCGAACUGGGUCGGUGUGCUACCUGUAAUGACGAUAACUCCAAGUGUGCACACAUGGGUAUACACGCUGACGAGUACACACACAAGGACCGCGUGAACGUCAGGAUGUACUUCGAUACUGAUAAAGUCUCUCCCUAUUGUUACUACCACUACCAGUUGAUAGUAGACACAGCUCACCCAAAGAAGGCAGAGGAUUGGGUUCAAGGUCACUUGGAUGUCUGGCUGUAUGGUGACAACGGUAACAGCAUUGAUAAAGUUAGGCUCACCAAGAAUCACGAGAGGUUUGACCACGGCCAGCCCAAGUACUUCAUGUUCACCAGCCACAUUGACGUCUCAAGGGUGAUUCGUAUGGAGGUUCACUGGGCUUACGAUGCUACGCUUUACGAUCCAGGUUCCUACUGUUUCAUGAUGCUCUGUAACCGAACUCUAUAUAUCCGCUCUAUCCGCAUAUCUUCCAUGGAAUAUACCCCCGAGGUGAACCGCAUUGACCACCAGAAGGACUUGUGUACCCCAGGCCACGAUUACACGGAGGUCAAGACGGGUCAUACGAAUGUGUUGGUGUGGGACGAGACUUGUGCGUUCAAUGUUUAGUAACCUCUCCUUUUUCAUCUUCCUCGCUUCUUAUUUUUCUUUUUCCUCUUAUUUUUCCUCACUUUAUUCAUCAUCUUCUUCAUUUUCUUCACCAUCCUCCUCUUCCUCUUCCUUACCUCCUUCAUUUUCCUCGCCUCUCUCAGGUUCGUCUUUCUCACUUUCCCUCACUUUUUUUUCACUUAUGUUCUGAAGGUGAUGCAGAUGAUGAUAACGAUGAUGAUGAUAAUGAUGAUGAUUAAUUUGAUAAGACGACGUGUAAAGGGAACUACAAUCAUCAAUGAAUUACUCUAUUGGUUGAGUAAAUUAUCUAAAUGUAUAGAGAAGAAGAAUUUAUUCCUCACCAAAAUGUAUAAAAAAAAAUAAAAAACUUUCCUUGGUUUUGGUAUCAUAUAAGAGCCAGCUGUUGUUAUUGUUAUCUUUUACUGCAGCUCUGUUUUUUUUUAUUCCCAAAGAACACAGGAUUAAUGGGAACACACUCUAUUACCUACAUAAUUUAGUAUUUUAUUAAUGUAUUCCAGCAAAAUUAAAUGAGAGUUUAGAGUAAAUACUAAAUCGAA